GCUAAACUUAUCAGAGAUUAUAAGAGGCUCAGAGAACACAGAGACAUCCUUCAUUAUCUCAUUCAUAUUACAGGUUUUGAAUUCAACAGUAACACAUUAGUGAUGAAGAACUGUCUGUUUCUACUCGUGUUUUACACAGGAGUCAUCUCCAUCGUCUCUCGUAAGUACUAUCUGAUCCAGCAGGAGAAAACAUGGAGUGAUGCUCAGGCUUACUGCCGGGCCACACACACUGACCUGGCUAUCAUUAAAACUAAUGACGACAUGGUCCAACUUCAGAACGAAGCACAGAGACAGCAAUUCAGUUCCAGCGCUUGGAUUGGACUCUACAAUGACGUCAACAGCUGGCACUGGUCCUUUGGAAAUGAGCCUCUGGGAAGUGUGACAUACUGGGAGUCAGGAGAGCCUAACAACUGGGGCGGACAUGAAGAGUGUGUUAUGAUCACUCGGUCGGGUUGGUAUGACUCGAGAUGUACAGAGACACAUCCCUUUGUCUGCUUUGAUGACAGUAAAACUGGCAGUGACAGGCUUAUUUAUAUCUCUAAAACAAUGACAUGGCUCGAAGCUCAGAGUUACUGCAGACAGCAUCAUACAGACCUGGCCAGUGCGAGAGACACUACAGAAAACUCAGAUAUAGUGGGACUGGUUCCUGACUGGACUUGGAUCGGUCUGUUCAGAGACUCCUGGAAAUGGUCAGACCAGUGCAAUGCUUCUCUCAUCAUCUGGAUGUCUGGACAACCUGAUAAUAAACUGGGGAAAGAAAAUUGUGGUUAUUUAAAUAACGGUCAGGCCGCUGAUGCUCUCUGCUCAGACAUAAUGCCCUUCUUUUGUUACUCAGAAACCACAAAACAACAAAUCGUAAGAAUGAAGAUCCAGUCCAGUCAGGAUGUGAACAAUCUGGCAGUAAAAGCAGCCAUCUUAGAGCAGAUCGAGCAUGAACUGAAGGAUCAUGGGAUGUCAGAGAACAUCACAGUGAAAUGGAGAGAGCAACUAGAUGGAGUAGUGUUUCACAAGCAGAAAGAGGGAAAUAAGACCAGGAAAUAAGUGUGACCUUUAAAUCUUUGAUGUUAAAGUGAUUUUCUUUAGACUUAUGCUCAUUUUUAAAUAACUAUCUAUAGCUAUUACAAGUAUAUUAGUAUUUAAUCUCUUUCUAUCACUAAUAGGUGACAAGGAGGAUACAGUGGAUAUAAAAGUAUAUGCACCCCUGUUAAAAUUACAGGUUAUUAAGGUGUAAAAAGUCAAACCAAGAUAAAUCAUGUCCAAUAUUUUUCAGCCUUAAAUGUGAUAUAAUAACCAACAAAAUUCAGAAUCAGAAUCAGAAUCAGUUUUAUUCGCCAAGUGUGUGUGCAGACACACAAGGAAUUUGUUGUGGUUUUCUUUAAGGUGCUCUUGGUACAUACAUACAUAUCUGACAUGCGAACAGAAAACAUUUAAAUAGUAAGAAUAAUAAUAAUAAUAAUAAUAAUAAUAAUAAUGUGUAUGAAUCUGGAACAGAAGAUUUAUGUACAGAUUUGUGCAUUAUUUACUCUAUAUACAGCUGUAUAAAUAAAGAGAGAUGCAUAUGUAUUUACAUAAUACUAGAGAAAGAGGCAGUAAUUAGAGAUGGAGGAUGAAUUACAGAAAUGAAUUAUAGAAUAAAAAAAGACAGGUAAUGAUUCCUGUGUUAGCUGUUUAAGCUGGAGAUGGCACGGAGGAAAAAACUGUUUUUAUGCCGAGAUGUUCUAGUGCACAGAGAUCUGUAACGUCUGCCUGAAGGGAGGAGUGCAGACAGGUUGUGGCCGGGGUGAGAGGGGUCUGUGAUGAUGUUAGCUGCCCGUUUCUUCACUCUGGAGUUGUACAUGUCCUGAAGCUUGGGCAGGUGCACAAUUCACGUGAAUUCAAGUGAAAACAAAUAAAAAUAUUUUAUGGUAAUUUUUUUUUUCAAUUUUCAAAAACUUUCAAAACAUUAGAUGUACCAUGCAUCACCGUAAAGUACAUCAUCAACAAAUAUAGAAAAUGGAGCACCACAGUGAUAUCACCAAGACCAGGAUGUCCUGAAGGACAAGAAGAAAAUUUAUCAGGGAUGCGAUAAGAGAUUUACGGCAAUCUCCAUCCACAACAUUUAGUCAAAACCAGCCGCUUUAUUUUAUUGGCUUUAAUUAAAGAAUAUAAAAAAUAAAGAAACCGAGCAGACACAAGCCCAUAAAUAAAACUCAUCAUUCAAUUAUGUAAAUUAUGUAAAAAUAAAGAAAUGGCGGUGUAUAAACAGAGGACGAGCCGUUCUGUCUGCACAGAGCCGUAAGCCAUAAACAACAAACACUUCAGCGGACAGAAGAUUUAAUGAUCCCUUAUUAUUAUUAUUAUUAUUAUUAUUAUUAUUACUAUUAUUAUUAUUUAUUGGCACAGAAGUGAGUUAAAAUAAUUUCCACUACUGUUUUUCAGCCUUUACCCUGAUCGCUCAUUUCGUGCUCCCAGCUGCCUGUGCACUUUACCUUUUAUGGAGUUUUGUGGGCGUCGCUACAUGUAAAUGAGCUGUCCCGUACAUGCACUUGGUAAUUUACGGGUGAUUAGCAUUCAACAACAUAAACACACAAGUAUGAAGAAAAUCUGCAUUUCUAAAACUUUGGAAAAUCCAGGAGAAAUUAAAAUUUUUAAUGGAACAUGACUUUUUAAAAGCACAGUUAUGAUUUUGCUCUUUUUUCUGUCAGUGGUGUUACUGUGGUCAGGUGAGAGCUUGGCUAGUGCACGGCAACAAAGCUGUA